CCCAUUACGCAUGCAGCCUGCGCGUCUGAGCUGUAAAGGCGUGCAUCCCCAAGGCAGCGAUUUAAAAAAAAAGUAUGCGGCGCGUCUGGUAAGCAGGGAGGGGACUGUGGGAAAGUGAUAUGGGACGGGCUUGGGUGGCGGGGAGCUUCGUCAUCUUCGAUGCCAAGCAAGCCCAACUGACAGCACGGAGCAUCUCUGGGAGCUCUCUCCAACUCACGUCGACCGACCCCCAUGAGCACGAGCAUCCCCUCAUCACUCAGCCAACCCUCGCCUUGAACAUAUUCGCCUGGCGCUGGCAUAAUCUUCUCCCUUGAGGUCUUCAAUUCCUUCAUUGUCCAUAUUCUGAUCAAACCAUCCCCCAGCCCUCCAUCGCCGAAGGCAGCAGUAGUAGUGGAGCUCCCCCAUCGUCGCAUAUCAGUACCCUUUCCGAGUCCAAAGUAGCAGACAUGGCGCUGUACGGAUCUUCGCGCAAUGUCGACAUGGGCAAACAGGAGUCCGAUCUGGCCAUCAAUAUUCGCAAGGCAACUAGCAUUGACGAAACGGCACCAAAACGAAAACAUGUGCGCAGCUGCAUCGUGUAUACAUGGGACCACAAAAGCUCUGCCUCGUUCUGGUCGGGCAUGAAAGUGCAACCGAUUCUCGCCGAUGAGAUCCAGACAUUCAAGGCCCUGAUCACCGUCCAUAAGGUGCUCCAGGAAGGUCACCCAAUUGUCCUCAAGGAGGCACAAUCAAACAUCAAUUGGCUCGAAAGCUUGACAAGAGGUGUUGCGGGUGGCGAGGGGCUACGUGGUUACGGCCCUCUCAUUUCCGAGUACAUCUACUAUCUCCUCGCCAAGCUUGCGUUCCACCGACAGCACCCCGAGUUCAAUGGAACGUUUGAAUAUGAGGAGUACAUCAGUUUGAAGUCGAUCAACGAUCCAAAUGAAGGUUAUGAAACCAUCUCCGACUUGAUGACACUCCAAGAUCAAAUCGACGCUUUCCAGAAACUCAUUUUUUCGCAUUUCCGAAGCGGCGCAAACAACGAGUGCAGGAUAUCUGCGUUGGUUCCCUUGGUUCAGGAAAGCUAUGGCAUUUAUAAGUUCAUCACGAGCAUGCUUCGUGCCAUGCAUACCACACUCGGCGAUGAUGAGGCAUUGUCACCGCUCCGUGGCCGAUAUGAUGCUCAACAUUACCGCCUGGUCAAAUUUUACUACGAGUGUUCUAACUUGCGCUAUUUGACUAGUCUUAUCACUGUGCCCAAAUUGCCCCAGGACCCUCCAAACCUCCUAUCCGAAGACGAUGAAUCGCGACCAGCUUUGCCCGCAAGGCCCAGGAACGAAGAACCUGCGGCUCCUCCGCCAGCCCCCAAGCCAGAUGUUGACCCCGAGCCAAUCAAUGAAUUCUGGAAGAACGACCAGGAAAGGCGUCAAGCAGAAUACGAAGACGAGCAACGAAGGCUCGCGGAGCAAUGGGAGGCUGCCCGGCGCCAGCAGGAACAGGAGCAGCUUCAAGCCCAAAGGCAGUUCGCGGAGCAACAGCGACUUCAGGAGGAACAGGCUCGCUUGGCCCAGGAACAACUGUUACGUGAUCAAUACCAGCAACAAACCCAGGGUCGCUUGGCGGAACUCGAGCAAGAGAAUCUGGCUGCGCGCGGCCAGUAUGAGCGCGAUCAGCUUAUGCUCCAACAGUACGACCAGAGGAUGAAGGCCCUAGAAGCCGAGAUGGCGCAGAUGAACUCGAACUUCCAACAGCAAAUGUCAUCGCGCGAUGAUCAAGUCCGGGCGCUCCAAGAGCAAUUGAAUACAUGGAGGUCAAAGUAUGAAUCUCUUGCCAAGCUCUACUCGCAGCUUCGCCACGAACAUUUGCAGUUGCUGCAGAAGUUCAAGGGCCUGCAACUCAAGGCCAAUUCCGCCCAAGAAGCCAUUGACGCGCGCGAACGAUUAGCUAGAGAGCUCAAGACUAAGCAGUUGGAGCUUGCUGAUAUGAUCCGUGAGCGUGACCGAGCCCGAAUGGAGAUGGACCGACACUCCGGUGGCCACAAAGAUGAACUUGAGAAGCUCAGGCGAGAGCUACGAGAUGCACUUGACCGGGCCGAUGCCUCGGAACGUGGCAAGGGCUCGGAGUUGUCUGCUAUGCUUUCCAGGCAUAACAGAGAAAUCGCCGACCUAGAGGAGGCUCUCAGGAAUAAGACGCGUGCUCUCAACGAUGUUCAGGACAAGUUCCGCGAAGGCGACUCCGAUCUUGAGCGCCAGCUCCGCGACAAGGAGGAAGAGUUGGAGAUCUUCAGAGCUGGAAUGGACCAGACUUUGAUCGAACUCAACGACCUCAAGCUCAAGGAGCGCGCAAACGAUACGGUGAUGGAUGGCCAGCUUGAUUCCUUCAUCCAAGACAAUCUCAACAAGAUCAACGAUAUCAUUGAUUCUGUACUUCAAAGUGGAGUACAGCGUGUUGACGAUGCGCUCUAUGAGCUCGAUUCAUCCAUGCAGGCUGGUAACCAGAACGCUUCUGGAGCUUAUGUCCUUUCACAGAUCGAGAAGGCAUCAACGUGCACGAUGGAGUUUGCUACGGCCUUCAACGCCUUUGUUGCGGACGGCCCCAGCGCCCAACACUCAGAUAUCAUCAAGACUGUGAAUGCCUUCUCUGGUGCCAUCGCUGAUGUUCUGAGUAACGCAAAGGGCUUGACCAGGUUUGCAUCAAACGAGAACAAGGCAGAUCAGCUUAUCAAUGCUGCAAGAGCCUCUGCAACCGCAACCGUGGGCUUCUUCCGUAACGUUCAAUCUGUCCGUUUGUAUGAUCUCGAUCAGGAUGGCAAGAUCAACGUCGUGGUCAACAACAACGCGGAAGUGCUUCGUAACCUCCAAAAUCUCUCUAAAUUGGCAGAUGCUUUCGCGCCCAAGAGCAAGCUUGCCAAUGCUCAAGGAGAUCUCGGCGAUCUUGUCGAUAGCGAAUUGACGAAGGCCGCCAAUGCCAUCGACGCUGCAACGGAACGUCUCAACAAGCUCAUGAAGAAGCCGCGUGAUUCGUACUCGACCUACGAGCUCAAGAUCCACGAUUCUAUCUUGAAUGCUGCGAUUGCUGUCACCAACGCCAUUGCACAACUUAUCAAAGCUGCCACUGCUUCACAACAAGAAAUUGUGCGUGAAGGUCGUGGUAACAACAUGUCGAAGACACAGUUCUACAAGAAGCACAAUCGCUGGACGGAAGGCCUCAUCAGUGCUGCUAAAGCCGUCGCUACCUCGACCAACACCCUCAUUGAGACUGCAGAUGCCGUCAUCUCGGGACGUGCAUCUCCCGAGCGACUUAUCGUUGCUUCUAACGAUGUUGCCGCCUCGACCGCUCAGCUUGUAGCUGCAAGUAGGGUAAAGGCCAGCUUCAUGAGCAAGACCCAAGAGCGACUUGAAAAUGCUUCCAAGGCUGUUACUAGCGCUUGCCGAGGAUUGGUCAGGCAAGUGCAGGAGAUCAUUGCCCAGAAGAACGCUGGCGAGGAAACCGUAGAUUACACCAAGUUGUCAGACCACGAGUUCAAGGUCCAGCAGAUGGAGCAACAGGUCGAAAUCCUCCAGCUCGAAAACGCUCUCUCCGCUGCACGCACAAGAUUGGGAGAGAUGCGCAAGCUCUCUUACCUCGAAGAGUAAUUCGACAACCCAUCUUCCAAUACCGCUUAUCAUGCUCGGCAUCUUUGAAAGUUCAUUAGCGGCGGCUGCAGCCGUAAAAUAUCUCAUAUUUUGGAGGACUUCUGUUGGUUCGCAGUUUUGAAGCGAAGUGUCGAAGAAGAGAUUCUUUUCACAUGCAUCUAUACCCCCAUUCGCCUUGGCUUCGGGGUGCUGCAGAUCAGAUACUAUUAGUCAUUUCAUCUAUAAUUCGUGUACUCCAAAUGUAGCAAGCCGUUUGUUCUCUCGUUCACGCCCCUGCGC